UUUCACUUUCGAUUCCUGAUCUUCCUCACUACAAUGGCGUCUGCUGAGCUGAGGGACGAGCUGAACUGCUCCAUCUGCCUGAGCCUCUAUACGGAUCCCGUAUCCCUGAGAUGUGGACACAACUUCUGCCGCUCGUGUAUUGUAAGUGUGCUGGAUGCACAGGAGGCAGGCGGAGUGUAUUCCUGUCCUGACUGCAGAGUGGAAUAUCCAGAGCGUCCGGCCCUGGAGAAGAACAGGAAGCUAAGUAAUAUAGUGGAGCGUUUCUUAUCUACUCAGCCUGAUAUGGAGAAGACCAGAACCUUCUGUAGUUACUGCACAAAGUCUCCUGUACCAGCUGUGAAGUCAUGUCUGCAGUGUGAGAACUCUCUAUGUGAUGACCACCUGACCGUCCACAACCAGACGAUGGAUCAUGUAUUAUCAGAACCCACCAGCUCCUUUGGAAAGAAAAAAUGUUCCAUCCACAAGAAGGUUCUGGAGUAUUACUGCCUGCAGGACGCAACUUGUCUAUGUGUGUCUUGUUGUCUGUUCGGGAAGCACAGGGGUCAUCAGGUGGAACAUCUAGUUGAAGCUUCAGAAAAGAAGAAGAAGAAACUGAGGAAAUAUCUGGAUGAACUAAACCCACAAAAAGCAAAAAAUCAGGCAAAAAUCCAGAGUCUGUACAAUGAUAAGGGGAAAAUACAGAAGAGAGUCUCUGAGAAGAGGAAAAACAUCAAUACGUUAUUUAUGAACAUUAGGGAGCAACUGGACAUUGCAGAAAGGAAAGUUCUGAGUGAGAUCUCCAGGCAGGAGAUGAAGAUGGUGUCCCAGAUAGAUGAUCUGAUGAAGAAGAUGGAAAUAAAAGAGGAUGAGCUGUUUAGGAAGAUGCGUCACAUGGAGGAGAUGUGUCGUAUCACUGACCCAAUAAGACUCUUACAAGAAAGUGGCAUUACAGUAUGUAGCCAUGCAGAUGAUGAGGACACAGGUGGAGAUGGUGGACAGAUGAAUUCUGAGGAGGUGGGAUUGGUUCCAGGACAAGCAAAAGUUCAAGUGUCUGACUCCAAAGUACAGAAUAAUGAGACUGAUAUAAAAACUGUCCUACAAGAAUCAGACCAAAGAACAUCCCUUAGUAACAAGAGAGUGGUGACAGAAGAAGCUGCAGUCAGAGACAAUGAGGUGGCUGAUGAUCUGGAAGAUGUUCAGAUCUCAUCUAUAUUACACAGAUCUUUGAAGGAUGUUAUCACUUAUGUAACCUCAAAGUUCGGGAUCCAUGUUCCUGACAUAUUGCUGGAUGUGGACACGGCUCAUACAUACAUAGGAUUAUCAGAAGAUCUGAGAACAGCAUCAGAUUUGGACAUAAACCAGGAACGACCAGAAUCUCCCGGAAGGUUCCAGACAUACUGCCAAGUAUUAAGCCGAUGUAGCUUCUCCUCAGGAAGACAUUACUGGGAGGUAGAGUGGAACCAGAUAGGAGACUGUGGCAUCGGAAUGUCCUAUCCCAGUAUAGAAAGGAAUGGAGAUCAGUCAGCUAUUACACAGAACGAUAAAUCUUGGUGUUUGUUUCUUUCUGAAGAAAAACAUUUAGCAUUUGAUAACUCAGUCAAAAUAAUCCUUGAUGUAAAUCCAACUUGUCCAACAGUUGGAGUCUUCUUAGACUAUGAGGCCGGGCGUCUGUCCUUCUACGAGCUGUGUGACCCCAUCAGACACUUGCACACCUUCCGCGCCUCCUUCACUGAACCCUUACAUGUUAUCCUCUAUGUCGAUGGAGCCUCUGUUAAAAUAAGAAGCUGAGUCCCAUGUUGCCCACAUUAUAAUCACUAUAUAGAUCUGUAAAAAGCUUGUCUUCAGCAGGACCCUCUGAGAACAUGAAGUCCAUAAUUGGGAAUAAAUAUUUAACCCCUCAGAUGAUAAGGGCUGCUCCUGGUGACCGAAUGGUGCCCUGCAGGAAGAAUUCUGGAGGCGUUUGGUUGCUGCGGCAGUCAGGAACCUUGUAAAAACUCCCAGGCCCACCAUAGGAGAGUUCCUACUGAACCUUGCCUAUGGCAGGGCUUAAUAGGUACACAGCGAUUUUACCAUAGAUUGCAAUGGUAAACCAUUGCAGUCUUUGGUAUAAGCGAUCUAAAAAUCACAUGUUCUAGUCCUGUAGGGGGGUUAAAAAUAAAGAAAAAAAAGUAAAUAAUUUUUUUUUUUAAUAUAGAAAAAAUUAAAAUAAUUUAUAGUUAAUACGGUUGAAAAAAGACAAACGUCCAUCAAGUUCAACCAAUUCAAAUCACCUCCUUUUCCAAUUUUACAAAUAAUAAUAAUAAUAAGAAAAAUAUAUAAACAUCAUUGGUAUUGCCAUAUCCGAAAAAGGCCAAACUACUGAAAUAUUAAAGUAUUUAUCCUGGAUAGUGAAAGGCGUAACAGAAAAAAAAAAGAAUGGGAAAAUUGCUUGCUUUUUUAGUUGCUUUACCUCCCCAAAAAACUGAAUAAAAAAUGAUCAAAAAGUCAUUCAUACCAAAAUGGUAUCAAUAAAAACUAGAGCUCGCUCCACAACAAUAUGAGCCUUUCAUGGCUCCAUAGACAGAAAUAUAAAAAAGGGUUGUUUCAAUGUUUUUAUUUUUUUAAAGUAUUACCGUAAAACAUAAAAGCUAUCUAUAUUUGGAAUAACUGCUAUGAUAACUGAAAAGUAGAAAAAAUAUGGCCCUUGGAAAAUGAGGAGAAAAAAAAUGAAAAUUGGCCUGGUUCCUGUGGCUCUCCACUUCCUGUCCAAGCUCAGCUUAACACACCAAUCACUGGCCUUGCUGGUGGCCCACCUCAUCGGUGAUUGGCUGAGCGAGCCUAUCCUGGCAUCUCCGGCGUGUUAAGCAGGGACAAGAAGUAGAGAGAAGCAGGGACUUGAGAAGCAGCUGCGGGGAUCGGGGAAGGUCAGGUCUUGGUAAUUUAUUUUCUAAAUUGUCUCUGAAAAAAGAAUAAAACCCUAUAAUGGGGAAGAUGUCCUGAGAUUGAUAACUGUUGAUCAUUAGAGGGUUAUUUCUAUCGGAUGAAGUGGUGGUAGAUAGGUAGAAUAUGUGAUUUCCCCGUCGACUGCCGGGACCCCCGAUGAUCCUGAGAGCAGCGCUGACUGUAUUAUCGGGGGGCAGUAUGUAAAGCUGAGGUUUUGUCUGACCGGAAGGAGCUUUUACAUGUAUAAUACUUAUUCCUUUUUUGUAUGAUUACAGUGGAGCACUUCUCUGUUUCUCAUGGUCUUUCUUAAUAAACAUGUAAAUUGGG